GGCAGGGUUUCCUGUGUGCUGGGUCGAUGGUCCGCAGAGAGAGUCUCGCUUGAUUGAGCGGGCGCGCACAAGUUGACAUCAACCGCUGCAGAUUUUGAAAGGCGCCGCCACGUCAGCACCCCCCCGCCUGGGCCAUCCGUCGUCGGUUGUAGAAUCCUCUACCCGAGAGAAAGAAGCGACCGUAAAAUUUUGUGCAGCAGAGGGGAAGAGCGGAGAAUCAAUCAAACAGAGGAGAAAGGAGAGUAGUGAUAAACAGAGGCCCCAAAGACUGUCUUUCGUGCACGCUUCGACCAAAUUUCCAUACACAUCCGCGCAUGCACUAGCCUCAGAAGAAGAAACGCGCUCAUUGUCCUUCGCGCGUUUCAACCAGGAAGCCCUCCUGGCACUCACUCAUCAGGGGCCUUUUCUCCCAGCAUCCGCCGCUCAUUGUCCCUCGCACGAUUCAGCCAGGUAGCCCACUUGGCACUCAUCAGGGGCCUUCUCCCCAAAUCCGCCUUACGCCAACCACCUACUUGUCCAGCCACUGAGAAGGAGAAGAAGAUAAGAGCACAAGAAGAUAGGUUUGGCAAGACACAUCACAAAGGUAAAGGUAUGUCGGUCUCCAUCGCCGCAGAAUGGAGCGAGCUCAACAAUCGGUUUUACAGAAAACAAGAGCUGUACUCAAUGAGUUGGGGCACGAUUGAUCUGAGCCGACACUUGGUGGCCUGCGCGCGAUUUGCCGGCCCGAUUGCGACUGUGCGCGACGAAGACAAGUUGCUCAUCCUUGGCGCUGAGUCCACAAGGCCGAGAGUGUGUAUAUAUUCCUCCUCGGGAUUGCCGAUUACCUCCUUUGUAUGGGAUAAGGAGAGGAUCAUAAAGAUCGGAUGGACGGAAGACGAAGUGUUGUUGGUUGUUGUCGACGAUGGGACUGUCUUUCAGUUCUCCAUCCAUGGGGUUCCUCUGCCUACGCAGUUUUCGUUCGGGGAAGAAGCCGGCGAUGGCCAAGGGAUCUGCGAUUGCCAGAUUUGGGGGAGCGGGAUGGUGGUGAUGUCAGACACGUACCGACUGUUCGCUGUGACUAGCUUGCAAGAGCCGCGGCCUUUCGCUCUUGCUAAUCCUGGUCUGCAGGAGAUGCCUCACUGCAUGGAGGUGAUCCCGCCGGAAUUCACAGUGUCGGGAUCGCUGGAAGUAUUGCUGGCCGUCGGAUCGACCGUGCUUGCCGUCACCGCUAAUUCCGUACAAGAUCGCGGCAUCCAGUCGGGACCUAUCACCAUGAUGGCAUUGUCGCCGAACGGCAAUUUCCUGGCAUGUUUCACACACGAAGGAAAACUGCUCGUGCUGUCUGCAGACUUCACCAAGGUGUUGUCAGAUAUCGAAACAGAGGGAGGAGGAGAAGGAAACGUGAGAGCGGGAGGAGGAGGAGAGGAGGAGGAGGAGGAGGAGGAGGAGGAGGAGGACCUGAUUAGGAGAAAGAGGGGGAAGAGAAGGGGGGGGACAAGGAAGUAUCAGGAGCAGGAGGAGAAGGACGAGGAGGAGGAAGAGGAGGAGGAGGAGGAGGAGGAGGAUCUGAUUAGGAGGAGGAGGGAGGAGAGGAAGGGGGAGGACAAGGAAGUAUCAAGAGCAGGAGGAGGACGGGGAGGAGGAAGAGGGAGUGGAAGAGGAGCACGACGAGGACCUCUGAUUAGAUUCUUUCUUGCUGUGAUUUAUGAGAACAUUCGAAGCAUAGGAUCGUCACUGCCGGAGGCUGUCGAGACGUGCAUUGAAGCUGCGGGCCAUGAAUUUGACGUGUCAGUUCAGCGCAGCCUGCUACGUGCUGCGGCAUAUGGAAGAGCAUUCUGCAGAGGAAGCAAGCUAAAUUGGAACAAACGGUUCCAAGAGUGCAAUGGGGUGGUUGGAAAAAAGUAUGAUAUGAUGGGGGAAGAGGAUGGAAUGGGUCUGACAUGUCCGGUGCUUGUAGCGCGACUGAUUAAUCGGCAUCAGCACCUUUUGGCUCUGCGCAUAUCUCAAUAUCUUGGUCUCGACCAGGAUCCUGUACUUGUGCACUGGGCUUGUGCAAAGAUAGCAGCUAUGUCAGGUGCACCUGACAAGACAGUUUUGGAGCUCCUGGUAGAAAAGCUGAAGAGAUCACCAUCCGUAUCAUACGCAGCAAUCGCAAAGAAGGCUCACAAGAAUGGACGGCCCAGAUUGGCGGCCAUGCUGUUGGAUUAUGAACCCUGUGCUGCUGAACAGAAACCAAUUGAUGAAUUCUUCAAGUUCAUUCAGGGGAAGCCAAUUGCAAGAGACCUCUUCGUUGCUUAUGCAAGGCAGAACGAACCUGAGAUGCUGAAGAAUUUUUACUUCACUGCAGGUGCUCCACAGGGUGCGGCCGAUGUGUUAAUGAGAGAAUUUUGGGCAAUGGGGAAGGAUCGAUCAACUGGCGGCGGCUCUGCGCUUCAAGGCCCAAGGAUUCGGAUGUUGGAUCAAGCUCAAGACUUGUAUAACCACAACAAGGAAACCGCCUUCCAAGCGAAGGUUGCGGAAGAGGCAGCGAAGCUUCUCAAAAUCCAGCAAGAGUUGGAGGCCAGCACAGGCCAGCCAAUAUUUGUUGAUUCCAGCGUCAGCGACACAAUCCGUACAUGCCUGAUCAUGGGGAACAACAAGGCUGCAACGAGAAUCCGGAAUGAAUUCAAGGUUCCGGAAAAGCGUUUCUAUUGGCUGAAGAUAUUUGCGCUGGCCAAUGCAAAAGACUGGGAAGGGCUUGAGAAGUUCUCAAAGGAAAAGAAACCACCUGUUGGCUAUAAGGCAUUUGUUGAUGCGUGUGUGGUUGAGGGUGAAAAUGCUGAGGCAGCGAAAUACAUUCAGAAGAUUCCGGAUCUUAACGAGCGGGCAGAGGCGUACGCACAAAUUGGCAUGAUGGCUGAAGCCGCUGAAGCUGCUGAACAGUCAAAGGACAGCGAGCUGUUGAGCCGUUUGCGAUCAACAUUGACUGCAAACUCUGCUGCAGGAGCCCUCUUCGACAGCAUCCGUGACCGUCUUGUUCCGGGCAGUUGAAAUCCUGAUCUGCGCCUCGUUCCCGGCGGGCGAAAUUAGGAUCUGGGCCACGCUGAGAAAAGGACAGCCGCUGCUGCUGUCGCUGCUGCCAUUACUAUCAGUGCUGCUACUGUUGCUUCUGCUUCUGCUGCAGAACAAUGUGUUGCGAUUCACGUGCUUGAAUUGUCCCUGAGGACGGUGAGAUGUGCAUGGUCAGUGAUACUUAAGGAACUUGGAGUGUAUAAUCAUGCUGUUGAGCCUUCGUGUUUAAGUGGCGGAUGCGGACUGAGCCAGGUUCAUUAGGUUGCUCCUCACUGGAAAUCGCGAAGGUGGCAGGGCAGGGCCUAUGUUGCGAUCUCGCAAACAUGUAGAAGCGGCUGUGGAUAAGAAAGAGGAGUUUGCGACGUUCCUGGUACUUCAACGGAUUGACAAGAAUCAGACACCCACUGACAGGCAAUAGGAAGGGUCGAGCAUUGCGGGUCGUGCGUCCGUUUCAGUCUGAUGUAUGGUGUUUGGGAGAUGGGUAUGUGUUCUGCAGCGGACGCUUGCAUCCACUUCAAAUACUACACCGACUUCAGCAGUCAAGCUUGAAUGAGAAAACGCGAUGGUCACCCUUCUGAGUAGCAUCGCCCAUGGUGUCACCCAUGAUGCUAUGUGAGGCAACGAUAUGCAGGUUAUGCAUUUUACCCUAAGGUCUGCACCGGCUUGCUCUCUGCAAGGCGAUGCUAUGUAUAUCGUGCCUUGCUGAGAAGCUGCCUGUGCUAUGGAAGGCAAUGAUGCUAUGCCUGUCAUGCUAUGCAGGUCAUGCUGUGUGGGUCACGCUAUGCAGGUCAUGCUGUGUGGGUGAUGCUAUGCCGGUCAUGCUUUGCUAAGAAGCUGCCUGUGCUAUGGGAGGCAAUGAUGCUAUGCCGGUCAUGCUAUGUGGGUCACGGUAUGCAGGCCAUGCUGUGUGGGUCAUGCUAUGCAGGUCAUGCUAUGCGGGUCAUGCUUUGCUGAGAAGCUGCCCGUGCUAUGCAAGGCAAUGAUGCUAUGCAGGUCAGCUAUGUUGGUCAUGCUUUGCCUAGAAGCUGCCUGUGCUAUGCGAGUUGAGAUGCUAUGCAGGUCAUGCUAUGUCGGUCAUCGAGCUUGUGCGGCUUGAGGAGUUGUAGAGGUCUGUUGCAGGCUUAAAGCAUUGAAGCGACAAAUAAAAUCAUCGACUCAUUUGCCGAUUCGCAGAACAGAAAAAGAGACGAAGUUGUUGUAGUUCUUCAGAAUUGCACUGAGUCGAGGAUGAGGUCGUUCUUCCAGGUUUGUAGAAAUGAGAAGAGAAGACAAGGUCAGCUGAACAAUAGCACAGGGUACGUAUCACAUUGCCUACUUUUCUUCUUGUUCCUUUGUGUGUUCUUCACCCUUCCCCUUGUGAGGACCUGCGAAGAAAUUCACAAAUUGCCAUAUGCACUGAGCGGCAAGAGGACAGAACUAGUGUAUGCGCUAGAGCUCUUGCAAAGAACACACCCAUAUUUGAUCGACAGAUUCGACACCCUUGUAGUUCGUGCAUGAUGAAUCGCCGCACGCACUUGCAGUCGUUCUGGCCAGGAUGUAUGCGGAACAAGUUUUACACCAGUCCCGUAUACAAGGUGAAUUCGCAAACUAGCCUGACUAGGAGAACUGUGGGCAAGUAGACUAUGCAUUUGGUCGUCAUUCAGCAUCCUCGCCGCAGCACCAGUUUUAGAGGAGAGGACUUGCGGCACACAUAUUGAUUUAAAUACGAACUUCAUACGAGCUUCAUAGAGUAGUUAGCGCCGCCAGCCUUUUGCAGCAGUUGGCGCAAGAGGCGGGCGAGGUCGCGUGCAGCCUUUGCCGUUAAGAAUGUUGGUUGUUUUUUAAACUUCUAUUCCCCAUCACGUCGCUGGUCGAUUUCUGGUACAGGGAAGGCCUAGUAAACAUGAUAUUGAAAA